UUAUCUUAUCUCAAUACAUGCAUCGGAUGUUUCCUGAUUAACACAAGGUUAUCUAGCAAUGACCACAAUCGGCGCCAAACAUAAGGCGUGCUCGGAGAAAUGUUUUAUGUCACUUAGUUUAUCUAAGCCAAUCAAUCAAACCAGAAAAUAUCGAAGGUCUGUUGUGGUAGCGACGUAGAGGUACAAGCGAGAUGUUGCGAAUCUGACCCCUGACAUGGCGCCUUUGCCGAAAUGCGGAACCUCGUCGUUCUUCACAGUUGAUUGCUGGAUUUAUUUAUUGUGUCAUUGUGUUAAUUUAUCCUGCCUUACUACAUCCGUAAUCUCUCAAUGGCUUUUCGGUAUCGGUAUAUCGAUAAAGCGAUAGCUCGUGGUAAGACUAAUGGAAAUCUUUCUGAGUCGCAAAUUCUAGACUUUUGUUCAAUGAACAUUUGACCUCAAUUGCUUCGAUCUUCAGGAAUUGUUUUUCAAUAUUUUCCAAUUUUCGAACUUAGAAUCAGGUAAUAAAAGCAAUGGCGACAGUUAAUAAUUCUUCCUCGAGGAAUGCCAUUGCUGUGGCUGAAAGCCAGGUAGAAAAUACUACCGGCAGUACUUCCAGAGAACCAAAGCUACCACCAAAGCCUAAGAACUUACCUCACCCCGAAUACACUACCCCAAGAGAUGUAUCCCCUUUAAUAUCUGUACCCAAAGCAGGGUUACAGUAUCCAAAUUAUACGCCCUUCAAGCUCCCGGACUUGGUCGAACAUCCCUUUGUCGAUAGAGGAAUUGAUUCGGACCCUAAGAAGAGUAAACUUCUAGGUGCAGCAUCAGAAGUGAAGCACCUAACUCCGUCGAUUGGGACCGAGCUCGUGGGAAUUCAGCUCACAUCCCUUGAUGAUACUCAAAAGAAUGAACUUGCUCGUUUGGUCGCAGAACGUGGGGUUGUUUUUCUGCGAGACCAAAAAAUGGAUGUCCAUGAACAGAUAGAAUUUGGCUCAUACUUCGGAGAACUUCAUAUCCAUCAGAUGGCAGGAAUCAUUCCCGACUUGCCAUGGGUUCAUCCAAUUCAUAAGGACGAAACUGCCAAAAAUGGUCGAUCACAUCAAAUAUGGCAUUCGGAUGUCAGUUAUGAGAUCCAGCCACCAGGUUUGACAUUUUUGAGAAUGGAUACACUUCCGAAGGCUGGGCCUGAUGGAUAUGAAGCUGGCGGAGAUACAAUAUGGGCGAGUGGUUAUGGUAUCUAUGAAUGUGAGCCGGUUGAACACAUAAAAUGUUUGCAAUGCUAAGUUUGAUUCUCAUAGCACUAUCUCCAACUUUAAAAGGUAUCCUGGAAACCCUUGAGGCGAAACAUAGUGGUCUAGAGCAGGCCGAAAAAGCACUUAAAGGCAAUGGCUGCCUCCGAAGGAAUCCUAUUGAGACAAUUGUAAGCAUCCUAAAUCAUCCUUCCAUACAGAGUCAUUUGGCUUACCAUGAGUUUCUGCAGCAUCCUGUUGUAAGGACACAUCCAGUAACCGGCCGAAAGACUUUAUAUGUGAACGAAAACUUUACCAAAGAAAUUGUUGGCGUCGAGAAAAGAUUCAGCGAGUCACUUCUUGAUUUCCUCAAUCGAACUGUCGCCGAAGCAUACGAAUAUCAAGUGAGAUGGAAAUGGUCGACUAAUGCAGUCGCGAUUUGGGAUAAUCGGGCUACUUUCCACACGGGGAUUUUUGACUACUGUGAGUAUUUCUUUGGUCCAAACUUUUGGCAGACAAUAUACUAAUAGUGAUACACAAUAGAUCCUCAUUUGCGACAUGGCUUGCGUGUUGCGACUCAAGCAGAAAAACCUACCAAAUGAGAUAGUGCUGAUGGUGGAUUAUAUUCUCCUUUAGAAUCCGCGGAUGCACCUUGAACUGCAUUGAGCAAGAAUCCAACGGGGUCGGCGCCUUUAAAAAUGAAUAGAGGAAUACUAUUGAGUAGAUAAAGUCUUGAAAUAAAAAACGCCGGUUCCAUCGGACUCAUCUCAUCGCUAAUUGGGCAUGCAUAUUUUGUCGUGUGAAUGUUGUCGUAGAUAUUUGCCUUUUUGGUGCUUUUUUGGUGCUCUUCAGUCGAACCUCACUAAGAUUAAUGCGACCGAAGACAAACAUCCGAACUUUCAUAGCCAAGACAAGCUAGAAACAGUAAAUCACCCAGCACUUGAUUGAGUAAAGACUAGAUGAUUUUAAAUGUCUCGAACGAUUUCCCUUUUUUGGACGAGAAAGGAAGUGACUAAGACACGAUGAGGGAAGCAUGAACGCCUAGUGUGAAAAUAAAGUAGGUACUCAGUCGGUUGAGAUCUUUCGCCCAUCUUCUUCCAAAUUUACCCCCUUCAUUCAAUCCUGAUACCUCAUAUAUUGUCGCACUUGGGACUUCUUUUUGUGAUGUAAAGUAACCAACAUUUCAUUGCAAGAUUCGAGAAAUUGAAUGGAAUAUGGUUAACCAGAUAUUUGUGGUGGUAAAUCCGACAGACGGGUAAACUUUUCACGAAGCCUGUUGAAGGAAGGCAUGGUUUCCACCAGCAUUGAAUAUCCAACUACCCGUUUCAAUUCUUCAUAUUGUUCAUAGUUGAAUGAUCCUUCUCAUGUCGUACAGCAUAUCCAAUUGCCCUUUCAUUUCAGGAUGAUUCGGGCGAAGAAACAUGUUGUUCUGGAACUCCGAUGCAUCCUGAGCCCUCAAGUGUGGCAGAACAAACGGAGAAAUACCCCAAUAUUCUUCUUCGAGGAUAUGUAAUGUGACCGCCGAGUAAACGAUUCGAGUUGGCAUUGGCAUUGGCAGGAAGCUGGAGUGAGAAUGCGGUACUUUGGGGCUUAUUUUAUUGAGCGCAUCUGGAAA